AUGAGGCUUGAAAUUGUUGAAUCCACAUUACCAGGUACAAGAUUUAAUACUGGGAAAGCUGAAGAUCCUGAUAUUGGGAUUAAUUCUCUCCAGAAUUACCAGCUAAGUCCAAAUCACUAUUUCAUUCUAGACAUACGACAGGGAGAAGAUGACCAUAAAUAUGCAGAGUUGGUGUUGCAGAAACCUUUGGAUCGGGAAAGUGAUCACUUCCUUCAGUUGAUCCUUACAGCCCUGGAUGGGGGUGAACCCAGAAAAACUGGGACUGCACAGAUAUGGAUUAAUGUCACAGAUGCCAAUGACAACCCACCAGUCUUCUCUCAAGAGGUUUAUACAGUUAGCCUGAGGGAAAAUUCCCCUGUGGGGUCCCCAAUACUCCAAGUAAAAGCCUCUGAUAGGGAUGAAGGUCUAAAUGCACAUAUUAGUUAUACGUUCAGUAAUAUUGCAAAAAGAGCCUACCAAAAAUUUGACAUCGUUCCACAGAAUGGAACAAUUACAAUUAAGGAAGCUCUUGAUUUUGAGGAAACAGAGAAGUACACUAUGACAGUUGAAGCAAGAGAUGGAGGAGGAUUAGUGGCUCACUGUAAUGUCAAUAUAAAGAUUCUAGAUGAGAAUGACAAUGCUCCAGAAAUCAUUCUAGCCUCCUUAUCCACUCCAGUAUCAGAAAACGCUGUUUCUGGAACAAUAAUUGCUCUUAUCAAUGUGAAGGAUAGAGAUUCUGGAGAAAAUGGAAAAAUUACAUGCCAUCUACAAGGUAAUGUACCAUUUAAAGUAGCAUCGGUAUCUAAGAACAACUACAAAAUCCUCACGGACAGUCCAUUGGACAGAGAAAAAGCCUCAGGAUACAACAUCACAAUAAUGGCCACCGACAAAGGUAGCCCCCCUCUCUCCUCCAACAAAACAAUCUCCCUGCAGAUUUCAGAUAUCAAUGACAACCCCCCUGCCUUUGAAAAAUCAACCUACAGUGUCUUUGUGCCAGAAAACAAUCCCUCAGGUGCCCCCAUUUACUCCAUCAAAGCUUCAGACCCGGAUCUGGACCGCAACUCACGUAUCACUUACUCCAUCCUCAACAGCAACAUGGAGGAGCUGCCUCUCUCCUCUUACGUCUCCAUCAACUCUGAGACGGGAACUAUCUAUGCACAGCGCUCCUUUGACUAUGAGCAAUUCAGGGAGUUCCAGAUCCAAGUGAAGGCCCAAGAUGGCGGCUCUCCCUCUCUCAGCAACAACGCCACCGUGUGGGUGUACAUUUUGGAUCAGAAUGAUAACAGCCCUCGCGUUCUGUAUCCUUUCCCUGGUGCCGAGGGCUCUGCCUUGUUUGAGAUGGUUCCUCACUCAGCAGAGCCAGGCUACCUAGUGACCAAAGUGGUGGCUGUGGACGCGGACUCUGGGCACAAUGCCUGGCUCUCCUACCAAGUGCUGCAGGCCACGGAGCCGGCCCUCUUCAGCAUUGGGACCCACACGGGAGAGAUCAGGACCUCACGAGGCCUUCUGGAGAAAGAUGCUGUGAAACAGAAUCUGGUCAUCUUGGUGAAGGACAAUGGGAAGGCUCCACUCUCAACUACUGUGGUCCUCAACCUUGUGAUUGCCGAGAACUUCCAAGAGGCACUUCCGGAAAUGACUAGGCAAUCCAGUGACUCGGAGCAUCAUUCUGACCUCCAGUUUUACUUGGUGCUGGCUUUGGCAUUGAUCUCAUUUUUAUUCCUCCUGACGGUGAUACUGGUCAUUGUCAUGAAACUUCGACAAUCAGGAAAUCCCAAAUUAUUCCAAUGCUUCGAACCUAAUACUUUUUCUAAGGCACAGGUCAUAUUUCCACCAAACUACGAAGAAGGAACUUUACCUUAUUCCUACCAACUCUGCCUAUCAUCAGAGAUGAGGAAAGAGCAGAUCUCUUUCCCUAAACCCCACAUCCAGGUGGCAGAAAACUUGCUAUGCAAUGAUAGCUCUCAGGUAGUUCUUGUGGAUGGCAACUGUGGGGAUGCCAAUGCCAAAGAGGAGGUUGGUGACCAGGUAAGCUAUGUUUUCAGAAACAGUGAUGUUGACACCACAGCCUUGCUCCUUGUAUGA